ACAGAAGAUGAAAUGUCUUCCACCCAGUACAUCCUUUACUAAUAACAACAAGGUUUUUUUUAACCCCUCUCCCCAUCCCACCUUCUCUUCAUGUUAGUUUGAUAGUUAGAUAGCUACUUGUUAGACUGGUUUUCUUGUCCAUGCCACUGCCACACCCUCUGACACACACACGUUCUCUCACCUUCCACACAGGCCAGGUGCAGGGAGCACAGGAAGGGGGAGGUGAGGGGCAGGAGGGAGGGUCAUUAUCCCUGCAAGGGGGUGGAGCAAAAGGGGGGGGAGGUGAAAAGAGCGGAUGAAACAUUUGAAGCUCAUGCUGACAUGCCGCUCUGAAGGCUCCUGUGAGCACAGCCAUGGAUGGAGUGUUGGAGGGAGCGGCAGUGCUGUGCAUAUGUAAACUGACCUGUAGUCUUUUCUUCCUGCCCUCACUGACUGCCUCAUACAGUCCUGUCAGCUUCUGCUGCUGCUGCCUCUUGAUCUUCACCGACUUCCUGGUCACAGUUUUUCUGAGUUUCCUUUGUAUCUUUGAAUCCUGGCUGACUGAACCAACCACACUAAGUGAUGUCAUUGCCCUGCGCUUCCUGCUGUUUCUCAGCCACACAUAUGGUGCGGUGUUACUCCUGACCACACCUCUGAUUGCUGUGGAGACUCUGACCAGACGGCUGUGGCCUCGCUCUGUCAUUGCUCACAGGGCAUUGAGUCGAACAGUGGACUCUGAGGUAACUGUGGAAGAGAGGGAGGACGGCAGCACUCAAGACGAAGACAAGGGGUUGUCUCAUGUCGUCGGCUACCUCUGCUGCCUGUCUGUAUGGAUCGUUGUCGCCCUGAAUGUCAUGUGGCGAUGGCAGCUGGAGGAAGAGUGGGUUGCUGCCUGCUUUCACACAACCAACUCCCUCAUCAGAUGUUUGCCCAGCUUGUUCAGCCCCAUGCCCAGCAUUGUGAACCCCUGCUGGGGAAUGGCCUUCCUGUCCCUUCUCCUGCUCCUCCUGACCACGAGCGCAGGCCUGCACAGGCGACACCGAGCCCUUGUACAUGUGGAGGGGACCCACCGAGUGAAAUGUGGAGUUAACGGUAAGAGUGACAGUUGCUGGCAAGACCUCGUUCCAGCCCAGUCUGCACCCACCAAGCCUGUGAACCCUGGGAUGUUGGUGUCAGAACCACCACAGUGUGUUGACCCAGAGAAAACAGAGAGCAGCUGCACUGUUCACAGAGCGUAUUCCUGGAACAUUGUGCAGAUGUCGGCGCGUCACCAUGGAGAUUUAGUCCUCGUCUCCCCCGGGUGUUUGUCUGCAGAGAGGGGAGAACAGGAGCACGAAAGGACAAUGAGAGGUAUAGCUCUGACAUUUAUCACGGAGGAACACGUGGACUCACAAUACGGGAGCCAGCUUGUGUGGCAACAGUCGGGUUUUCCCUGCCCGGGGGUGAAUGUAAUGAUAGGGUUCGUGGGUGUGCUCUCCAUUUUUGUGCUGCCUCUGAACCUCAGCGUGAACAUUCUUCUGAUCAGGACUAUAGAGACUGUACUGGAGCUGUGUGUCAGAUCUUUAGUUUCAUCAGCAGCAAACAGGAGCGACACAUCAGCCUCUCACAAUGAAACAUUUGUAUAAAACCAGACUGGCAAGUGGGCAAAAGUGGACGCUGAUUGGAGGCUGUUUGCAACAGGAUCAGGAUUAAUAUUGCAUGUGUGCAGAGAGACGGUCUACCUGUCAACACUGAGUUGGAUAGAGAGUAAAUAAACAUUUCUGAGCAGCUAUUCACAUGUGGGGAACAAUAUGUGGAAACUGCUGAAAGGUGCUGAGGAGGCAGGUCGAGGCGUGCUUGGUAGAGAGACACUAACCCUGACUGAGACAGAUGGCUGGAAGACCUUCUUUUACUAUUCAGAGCCCUAAGAUCUGCUGUGAUUUGUCAUUACACAAUGGGUUACAGCUUGAGCCUCUCCUGUUUAAAUAAGGCUAAUCCCGGGGCAAACAGUGUUUUGAAAGUAAUGAUCUGACGUACGCUGAUGCUGCAUCACAUAAACCCCGCAUAAAGAAACCUAUAAAUAAAUACUGAGUGAUCCGAGGGUGUACCACAGAUUUUGUUUUCCUUCUUUGUAGUUUUGUCUCUGUUCUUAAAGCAGUUGGUUCAAAAGGACUUCUCUGCUCCUCAGAGGCGGAAAGUACCUAAAAUAUAUUGAAGAAUACACUCAAGUACAUUUUUGAGCCACUGAAGUUGCACUUUACUUGUAUUUCCAUUUCACUUUACUUACCUCUACUCAUUUCUACUAUUCUAUUGUAAAAUACAUGUCUUGUUAAAGACUUAACCAUUGGCCCACCCACCCUUCAGGCCUACGGUAAAUAAGUAAUGUGUGGUUGGGACUCGUCACGUUUCAUAUGUUUAUGAGUUGUUAACAGCUUCACCAUAGAGACAUUUCUCAUCUAAAUUUGAUGGCCUAGAGAGGGAAAUGUAUCUAAUAUUUCAGAAAGGUUAGGGAAAAGAAUUAACACAACCUCUGAAGCAGAACUAAUCAUCUCAUAAUUUCUUGUCUUUUUCGCUCUUUAAUUCACUGGGGAGACUUCUCCAACGAUCUGUUUGACCGCUAUCCAAUGAACUGAACAGCUAAAAAGACAAAGAGCUGUACUGGAGGAGGAUUUUCCACAACCUUGCCACUAAAAAGUUUUUCUUAUAACUGAUAUAUAGCUUUACUAAAUUAUUUAUUGACUUGAAAUAACUAGAAAUGGCACCUUACCUUUUGUUUGUACCUCCAGACAGAGCCAGCUGUUUCCCCUUGUUUCCAGUCCUUAUAAUAAAUUAAACCCCAGCUGCUGGCUGAAGCUUUAUAUUUAAUUUAUUGACAUGAAAGGAGUGUGGAUUCAAUCUUCUCAUCUAACUCUCUGUAAAAAUAAAAAUAAGCCUUUUUUUUUUUUUUUAAAUCAGAACAUCUGUUUUAAAGAUUUUUUACUGUUUCCAGAGUGAGAUGAUGCAAAUUGUGCAACCUGAGAAUAUAAACAAGUACAGGAACUGAUGUGCACUGUUGCCAGAUUUGACUGGCAACAGUGGUCCAGAACCCACACAAAGAAUGUAAUAGUAGCCCAAUUUUUAUUUUUUUUAUGGAGGAGAAGGUUUUUGUGCAUCAAAUAUGCACUUAAAUAUGGUUACAGUGAUAUUUACAAGAAACAGGAGGUGUAAUGUUGCCAUGGAUUCAGUGAGUUAGUCUGGGCUACGACUUUAGUCUUGUUUUUUUAGGCCCGUAUUUGUUCACAGUUUGAAAAAUGAAAAUGCCAGAUUUGCCAUUAGCAGUUCCCAUUUAAAGAAGAUGUUAAAGCGCAGAAGUGUUUUUCAGGCAAGCUCUAGGGUUAUACUCAUAACCACCCUAAUGGUCCAAAAAAAAAAAUAGUCAAAAUUAUAACCACCCUCCCAAAAUAACCAAUUAAAGAAAAAGUUCCUGAGUGUUGUACUCCAAAGGUGAGCAGCAGAUACCAACACCAGAGGGCACUCUAGUACAACAACAGCUCUGAGCGACUAAAACCCCAAAACCUUGAAAUUCCUAAAAUGUGUGAUAGAUGAGCUUAAGGAUGUAACAGGAGAGGGAUGAAUGGGAUUCAGGAAACAAAAGAAAUCCUCUUUAUAUGUCUUACCUCCGAUGGAGCCAGAGGGUUGCUCACCUCUUCUUUCAAAGCGCAGAGGCCUGUGCAGACAAAUACAGCAGCACUCAUUCACAAGAAGACCACGUUCCUCUGCAUGUGUGUUCAUGCUUUUUUGCUUUUUUUUUUUUUUUGAGUCAGAUACUGUUAAUGACCUGAUGUAUCCAGAAGCAAAUUAUUGCUUCAUAACUGUAAGCUGACAUGUUCUGCUGAAGAGUGUGAGAACAGACAAAAGUUUAAUGAGUGCUGUGGUUUUGUGUGUCUUUGAGGAUUUUAUGUUAAAUUAGGGCAUGAUGACAUUAAGGCGAAAUGCGUUAGUUUCGGUAAGUUUCCUCAGACAUGAAACUCUUACUGUUUAGAGUAGAAACUGCGCUGUGUGAAUGGUUAAAAAAAUAAAUAAAAG